AUGUCGCUGUUCGCCGUCUUGUGCCUGGGGCUCGUGGCCCGCGCUUCCGCCUGGGCCCGCGCCUCCGUGACGGUGACUGGGGAGGAGCUCGCGGAGAAGUCCAUCAAGGACUACGUUGAGGACGUGAAAACUAUGAGUCCAAACUUGGGUUCGCUCCAGUUGAUGGGGAGCUGCUGUGACGAGAACCGGGGUUCCGCCUUGGAGAUUCAGACCGGCAUCAACACGAACACCUUCUACGGACCCACGGAUGAGCUGGCCAAGACAAUCUUCAAGGAUCAUGGUUGCCGUCCGGUGGCAGAGAAGAACAUGAACAAGAUGGGCACGGCAGGGUGCACCUACUUCAGCAUCUUCCAGAACUCUGCCCAUGCUGACAACGAGUUCGCCGCGAAUUGCGUGCCGGGUUUGGUCUGCAGCGCGGACGUUGUGGGCAUGACCAAGGGAAAGAUUGCAUUCUACGGCGUGGUCAUGCAGAUCUUGCAGCCCAACCUUGGCACGCUGGCCAACAUCUACUCGGGACCCAUCGACAAGUGCUAUGCGGGCAUGAACCUGCUCAAUUCGGGGGAUCUGAAGGAUUCCUUCGUCAAGGAGCCGAUCAUGGGCCCGUUUAACAUCAAGCUCGGCGAGACGACGAAGCUGGUGGUCGACGGCAUGAGCCACGUGGGCGCUCUCGAUUCCCUUCAGAGUUGCCAGAACACGUCGGACAUUGGCUACCUCUUCGUCCACAAGAACCUCUACUGGUCCAGCCAGAAAGAUACCGUCGACCUCGGAGCCUUCACGGAGUACAAGGCUUCGAAGGCCGCGGCCAAGGACGCCGAGGCGAAGCAGAAGCAACUGGAACAGAUGUCGAGUGCCAUGGGCAAGGGUGACGCCAAGGCUGCAGAGAAGACGCUGGAGGAGGCCCACGCCGAUGUUCCCCCGCCUAAGGCGGAGGUGGACAGGAGUGCCGUCACUUCUGCAAAGAAUGCUGGGAAGCUCUCAGUGCCCGUGGGUGGCAAGAUUGACAUCAAGGGCGUGCCCAAAGAGGACUCCGCCGCCGUGGUGAAAGCGCUCGGGCUCGGCGACAAAGUCCACAUCGAUCGCCGCCUGUCCGAGCCCGAGAGGCUCAUCUGA